AUGUCUGCGAUAAAGUCGAAGGUUCAUAGUGAGAUGGAGAUUUUGGAGAAGACGGAUAUGUUAAUAACGCGUUAUUUCCAAGAAGCGCGCCAUGUUGAAGAUAUCAUUGGAAUAAAAGAAGAUGGCGAGGAACGAGAUAUAUGGAGGCGGUAUAGCAAGGAGCGUAUGAAGACUGUGUCUGUAGCCCUUGUUCUUUGUCUUCACAUAGGAGUAGAUCCACCGGACUCUCUACCGAAAACCUCAGCACGUGCUCGACUAGAAGCUUGGGUCGACCCCUACAGCUGCAAUCCGCAAAAGGCAGCUUAUAAGAUAGCAACAUCUUUGCAGAAAAGCUACGAGAAAUGGCAGCCGCGUGCAAGGUACAAAUCUGUAACCGACCCUACAGGAGAUGAUGUACGUAAAUUAUGCAUGAGCAUGAGGCGAAAUGCAAAAGACGAACGUGUAUUGUUCCACUACAAUGGUCACGGCGUACCUCGACCUACGCAAAAUGGUGAAAUUUGGGUGUUCAACAAAAAUUUCACACAGUAUAUCCCGCUGUCUUUGUAUGACUUGCAACUUUGCAUGGAGUUUCCAUCCAUAUAUGUUUGGGAUUGCUCAUCUGCAGAGACUAUUGUAAAUUGGUUUAUGCGAUUUGCGAAGGACCACGAAGAUGACUGGCACAAGAACUUGUUAGCUCAUCAGGAAACCGUUGCUUCCACUUCAAUAUCCGGAGCAAGGAUCAGCUCUCACAUGACCGCUGAUCAACAAGCUGAAUCCUUGAAAUUCAAGCGACGGCCGAAAUUCCGAGACUGCAUUCAACUGGCAGCUUGUCGAGAAGACGAACGUUUACCGACAAAUCCUGAGCUCCCUGCUGAUUUAUUUACGUCGUGUUUGACUACCCCAAUACAUACGAGUAUUCUUUGGUAUUUGUUAAAGAGUGGUAGAAAAAGUCAGUUUCCUCCCAAUUUACUGGAGGAAAUACCUGGUCAACUGAAUGAUCGACGAACAAUAUUGGGAGAGCUUAACUGGAUAUUCACUGCUAUAACUGACACUAUUGCAUGGAAUGCAUUGCCAAGAGAUGAUUUUCAGCGGUUGUUCAGACAGGAUCUUCUACUAGCCUCGUUAUUUCGAAGUUUUCUUCUGGCAGAACGAGUUAUGGGCGGAAAUGGAUGUAAUGUGGUUUCUUCCCCUCCUCUGCCAAGCACAGCUGAUCAUCCUCUAUGGGAUUCAUGGGAGUACACUCUUGACCUAACACUCAAUCAUAUUCACAACCUUCUUACUCCUAAGCUGCAUUUUCAAGUGGUUGGAAGGGACGUGUUAUCGAAAAGCUCGAUUUGUACCUUGAACACAUUAAUCGACUUGUCUGGUAUAAUUGGAGAAGGUGGUGAAGUAUGGCUAGAGUAUGGGGUAAACAAACAGUCCUCGCCGGAGCAGCUCCCGAUUGUCCUGCAAGUUUUACUUAGUCAAGCACAUCGUCAACGUGCUCUUGAACUUCUUGCCCGAUUUUUGGAUCUCGGGCAGUGGGCUGUUGGCUAUUCACUAUCCGUCGGGAUUUUUCCGUAUAUGCUCAAAUUGCUGCAAAGUACAUCAAGAGAGCUCAGGACAUGGCUUGCUUUUAUCUGGGCAAAGAUUCUUGCUGUCGACCCUAGUGUUCAGUCGGAGUUGUUCAAGGAAAAUGGAGAUGAACCAGGGCGAUUUGAAUCCACGAAUCGUUCAAAACCCGUUCAGCUACGGUACCAUUUCUUCGUCACCAUUCUCAACGAUCCAGAUACACUACCCCGACAAAAGAUUGUAGUUGCUUUUGUAUUGGCCACAUUAUUUCAUAACAAUUACAGAAUUGCGCAAGAGAAUCUCACAAAGAAAGGAUAUGUCAACCUUUGCACUGAGCUGUUGAGUGAGAAUCAAGCAAAAGAUUGUCGUCUAUUGAAGUUAUGGAUAUUGAUCGGAUUAGGUCGUUUGUGGGCGGAUUAUGAUCCUGCUCGUUGGCAGGCUGUACGACUUGUGGCUUAUGCUAAGAUUGACCAGGAAAUAUGUGACGACUUGUGCAAUAAGUGUACAAAAGAUGGAUCUGUUCUUGUACGGGAAGAACUACUAGUUGCCCUACAGUGGUACAUCAUUGACUUCGAGCAACGGUUCGCAAAAAUUUUCUGGGAUUUGUCUGAGAAUCUUGGCAUUGAAAUGAUCCCCGAUAAGCAAGAGGACCACUUUGAGCACAACGCGAACGAUAUUGCAGCCACAAUCAGAAAUAACGAUUCAAAUGGACCUAUGUCUAUGUACACGUUCGUAUAUACUGAUCAUAAUCAUAUCGAUUUUUUUGUAUGGUCUAUUCUGUCAGUUGGUUUUUUUUUCAGAGGAGGAGGUAGGAAGACAUCUGUGUACAGAAAGAUGCAGAGAAACGAGGUUACGGCGAUUGAGGAGGUUGUGACCAUAAGUGACCCGUCGGAUCGGAACUCGUUGUCUUCUUCUGUCAGCCAAGUGAUGUCGUUAGUAUCUUCGUAUACCGGCCCAUCAAAACGAGAUAUCGCCUUCAGGGAGCGUGCGAAGAAACAGCUGGCUUAUCUUGAAAACAAAAAUUUCAAGGAACCUUUGGAACGGACUUGGGUAGCACUGCUGAGGCUGUCGUUGGAUCCUGUUCAAAAGGUUGCUCUAAUGGCUCACAAGCUAGUCCGCCACGUAGAGGUACUGGCACUGGGUCUCCAAAGCAGCGCUACAGCCCUUACUGAGAAGAUCGAGAAAGUAUCAAGCUUCGCGUCUAUCCACAAAGUGGACACAGCAAUUCAUAAUUCUGAUGCUCCAUUCGAUGAAAUAACGGAAACUGAUGGUUCUGCUAAGCUGGGAAGAAGCAGUGAGAAUGAAGGAGGAGGUGUGCGCUUCAUGAUUGGCAGUCCUGUAGCAACUGGCGCAUCGUUAUUGCCACCGGAAGGAAACACACACUCUAACAGCUUGUCGUCCAAUGCUGAUAUUGAUAGUUCUUCUCCCAGUGGAAUGUACAACAACCAGCAAAGUACUGCUAGCAAGCCAUCAGCUGCAACCUUGCAACGUCCACAGAGACAGCCUAAUCAGCGGAAGUUAUCGAUGCCGUCGCAUUUCCCAUCCGGCAGAGGGUCGGAAUCGAAAUCUCAACUGGCUGAGAUGUUGAAGCAGUCCUUCACACCGAAGAGAGGAACUACUGCUCGUGGUGAAUUUUCGUCGGGUACCCCAAUGGCCACAACUGCUGAACCGUUGCUCACAUCAGAAUUCGUUCCAUGGUGCAGCCGCAUUUUCGUCCAGCCUAUUCUUGACUUGAUUCACUGUAAAGAAGACGUCGAGGAUUUCACGGACCGUGCGCUCACAUUAGUAAAUCCUACAGAUUGGGCCAUUUUCAUUGAACAGGCGCAACAGCAACAUGCACAUGCUGAAUUUGAAGUGUUCAAGGAUAAGACAACUGCAUUAAUAGUUAUAAAUGAGAUGUCACGUGAAAUGUUGCUCUGCGGGUCUUCCACUGGUAUUGUAAGGGUAUGGGAUCUUUCAUAUAAUAUUCACUCACAUGAAAUAGAAGAUUUGCCACAAUUGGUCACUGCCUCGAAUCCACUUUGCGAUCAAUCAAGACUACCUCUAUCAAAUUAUGCUGUUCAUCCAACGUUAUAUGAUUGGAGCCAAGAAACUGGCCGCCUAGUCUGUGGUGGUAAUGUACGGGUAAUUCGUGUGUGGGAUGCACAUUAUGAAAGGACCGCUCAAGAUAUUGCAAUUGCUGUCAAAAAAGGAGCAGUGACUGCACUCUCCGGUGAGCUCGAUCACAACGAUCUGAUCGCUGCAGGAUACCGUGACGGAGUGGUGAAUGUCCAUGAUAUUCGUGUUCCUGCAAAGGAGUCCUUGAUAAUGUCCUUCCACGACUUGUCUUCCCGUGUGGUGGGCGUUGCGAUUCGUGUCGAUUCAAAAGGCAACGCAAUAGUAGCGGCUGGUGAUGAGGGCGGAGGUAUCUGUGUUUGGGAGCCGAGAAUGUUCAAGGUGCCAGUUGUCGAAAUAGAGGCGGGUCGUGAAACAAAUGAACCGCUGAGAAAUUUCAUUGUGCACAAAAAUGCCGAGAUGUUCGGUUGUGUCUUGAAAGCUGAGGUCAAGUUAUACGAUAUCUGCGGUGUUCCCUUAUGUAGUGUUCGUCAGAAUGAUUUUGAACGUGGAAGACCGUCUCAUAACAUAGCUGCUGUUGCCAUGCAUAAACUUAGGUGCAUGAUUUCUAUCGCUACAGGUGAUGGAGCUGUAAAUGUAUACGGGCAGGCAAAAACUAGUCUCUGA